CCUACUCUUCCGAUCCCAAACCAGGACAUAUUCGCUCAUCAAAGGCAGGCCCCUCAGUGGCCAGAUUCCCGGACCUGCAACCCGACGUGCAAAUUUGUUGCUUGAGCACCGCACAGCACACACUCCAGUCCGGUCUUCCAUCUGCUAGAAGGCCCCAUGGGAGGAUCGAAGCGCAAGGCGCAUAGCAAGAGUCGCCUCGGUUGCAAGAACUGCAAGGCGCGAAAGAUCAAGUGCGAUGAGAAGACACCAUCAUGCUCGAACUGCACGCGACGGCAGGUUACUUGCGACUUCACCGUGGGCGGCAGCCCGCGGCCGAGCCUCUCCGCUACUGGUCUGAACAUGACGGACCUGGAGCUGCUUCACAAUUACACGGCCAUCACGUACCUGACUUUGGCCGACAAUCUGGCCACGCGCGAAUUUUACCGGACGACCAUUGUGCAGAUAGGCUUCGACUGCGACUACGUGAUGAGGGCGAUCCUCGCAGUGUCCAGCCUGCAUUUGGCGCAUAACCGGAUCGGCAGACGAGACCACUACCAGGCACUCGCCAUUAAACACCAACAGACUGCCUCCAACACGGCGAUGCCCCUACUGUCCAGCGCGGACCCCGAGUCCGCCCAGAAACUCUUCUUGUUCGGCGUCAUGACGCACUAUUACGCACUCGGCUGGCCCAGAGAGCCUGGCGACAAGCUCUUCCUCGGCACGUCCGACUUCCCCGACUGGAUAUACUUUCUCCGUGGGACAAAGGCCCUCCUGGACCUCUCCGGGAUCCCCGAGUCCGGACCGCUCCGGCCGCUCUUUGCGCACUCGAUCGAGCGUUAUGUGCUGCGCAAGGGUCCCGAGGCAUCUCACUCCUCCGCCCACGUGGCGCUCACGGAACUCACCGACGCCAUCGCUUCGCGGCCGCACAUCGCAGCAGCCGGCGGCGGCGGGAACGACCUGCGGCGGAUCUACGCCACGGCCAUCGCAGAGCUCAAGAAGUCGUUUGGUCAAGCCGAGGCGCUGCGGCGCGGCGCAGGCGGCGGCGGUGGUGGUGGCGGAGGACCGUACGAGAUGACGGAUGCCUUCAGCUGGGUAUACAUAGUGGCCGACGACCUGCUGCCGCUGCUGCGGGUGGGCGCGGCCGAGGCCGUGGCCGUGUUUGCCUACUUUUGCGUGCUGCUCUGGCUGCUCGAGGGCCACUGGUGGAUGCAGGGGUGGGGGCUGCAGCUCAUGGCGCAGGCGUACGAGAUGCUCGACGAAGAGGGCCGGGUUUGGAUCGUGUGGGCCAUGGACGAGAUAGGCUAUGUGCCGCCCUCGGCGGUCGACCGCAUGUGAGAGGUGGCCUUGUGCUUCAAUAUUGGUAGAAAGACCAGGCAGUGGCCUGGAUGUUAUUUUCCCCUUGAGUUUGUGCGGUUUUAUGCUCAGCAACUUGGGCUUCUCGUUGCCGUUCUGUUGUAGCAGACUAGAUCUGUAAGGAAGAUCAGGGACAAGUAUCAUGCAGAGACUUCGAAU